AUGGCACCCGCACGCUUCGAAGCUGAGGACGUCGACCCGUCUCCCCUCGGCCAGCCUCUCAAGUUUGAGUUCAGCGGGCACACCGCCAAGAACCGCUUCAUGAAGGCAGCCAUGACAGAGCGCCUCUCGACCUGGGAUCCCGUGAACAUCGAGAAGCGUGGCGUCCCGAAGCCGGAGCUCAUCAACGUGUACCGCCGCUGGGGCGAGGGCGGCUACGGCGUGAUCCUCUCCGGCAACGUCAUGAUCGAGUAUGAUCACCUCGAGGCCCCUGGAAACCCCAUCAUCCCUUACGGCGCCCCCUUCGAGGGCGAGAGGUUCGAGGCGUUCCGGGAGCUGGCCGCUGCGGGCAAGAAGGAGGGCUCGCUGUUCCUGGCGCAGGUGUCGCAUCCAGGACGGCAGGUUGUCGAAGCCGUUCAGCCGCAUCCAAUCUCGGCCAGUGAUGUCCAACUCGAGGGCGAGGUCAUGGGAAUGACGUUUGCGAAGCCACGGGCCAUGGAGAAGAAGGACAUCGAACGUGUGGUGGAAGGUUUUGCGCAUGCGGCUGAAUAUGCCCAGAAGGCAGGUUUUGAUGGAAUCCAGCUUCACGGUGCCCACGGCUAUCUCCUGGCCCAAUUCCUGGCCCCGUCGACCAAUAAGCGCACAGAUGAGUAUGGAGGCUCGCUGCGGAACCGAGCACGCAUCAUCCUGGAGAUUGCGGACGCCAUCAAGGCCCGCGUCAAGGGCAAGCCUUUCACCCUCGGCAUCAAGAUCAACAGCGUCGAGUUUCAGAAGGGCGGUUUCUCCACUGAGGACUGCGCCGAGCUGUGCGAGGAGCUGGAGAAGCACGGAUUCGACUUCGUCGAGCUCUCGGGAGGCACGUACGAGGAGCUCGCCUUCAGUCACAAGAAGGAGUCCACCAAGAAGCGAGAAGCCUUCUUCCUCGAGUUUGCCGAUAUGAUCGCCCCGCGCCUCCACAAGACCAAGACGUAUGUUGUCGGCGGCUUGAGGACGGCCAAGGGGAUGAUCAAGGCGCUGGAUAGCGUCCAGGGCGUCUCUUUGGGACGACCGACUGCGCACGAGUUCGACCUGCCCAAGAAAAUCCUCGAGGGCAAGGCCAAGAGCGCAAUCCAAUAUAAGAUCGACGAGCAGAACUUUGGUGUUACCAACGUGGCUGCGGGUACCCAGAUUCGCUUGGUCGGAAAUGAUAAAGAGCCGCUUGACCUGUCUCAAGAGAAGCAGCUCGAGGUCUUUAUGCAGUCGCUGCAACAAUGGUCCGAAAUCAUGGCCAAUAAUAAGGAUGGGUCAAAGUACGGAUUCGUUGACAUUGAAGGGCUCGAGCUUCAGCCUUUCGGUACGCCUUACGUGGCGUAA